AUGACCGCUGGGAUAGACGUCGGGAGCUACCCCCACCUCUUGGACCUCAUCCUGGCCUACGCGCCGACCGACACCCUCCUAGGCUGGCGCGCGACCUGCCGUGCGGUGCGGGAGAAGGCCGACGCGCUCCUCUUCCGGCACAUCAUCUUGGGCGUAACACAGGAAGGGUACACUCCGCUCUCACUAUCUGGUCACCGGUUGCCUCUCCCGCCAGGCAGUGAUACGGACACUCCCCUCGCACAUACGACGACCAUCGACGCGGGGACGGACGCAGUCCUCCGGACUCAGCUCGAGCCGGACCCGAGCGUCCUCCCGACCUUGUCUCACACUCUCCCAAACCUGCGCACGGUGCGCGUGAACGGCACGACGCGCCUCCCCGACCAUGCGGCGCCGACGAUCAACCCGUGGCCUUUGACCCUGCACUGCCUGGUUCUCUUCCCCCAUGCCGAGCCCGUCGCCCGGUCGAGCUGGGAGACCCACGAGUUCCGGGACUGGGUCGGGGCGGAUUCCGUCGCGCGGAUCGUCGAGCACUACCGCUUUGGUGAGGGAGAGAUCUGGGCCGGCCGGCGCUUGUUCAUGCGGCACAAGUGGGGGCGCGAGGAGACGGUCAUCAUGGUCUCGAGCGAGGAGGCGACGACAGACUGGAGUGCUCCCGCCCUUGCGGUGCUCAAAGAGCUCGCAUACCGCGCCCGCAGCGCCAUUACGCGCACGACAGACGGGUCGCUGACCGUCGUCGACCUCAACGCUCCCAGCGGCAGCACCGACGCAGUCAUCGACCAGGUCUUGGCGGAGGUCGAAGACGCCGUUCAAAACCACUUAUGGCGGUCCUCCAGGCCCAGGCCGAACACCUUCGCGCCCAUCGUUCGCGCCAAGCUGCGUUUGCUAUCCCGCGAACAGUACAUCUCACAGGUUGGGAUGGCGCAGUUUCUGCUCGAGACGACGGAAGAAUAG